GCGGUCCGCGCGGUGGGUGGAGCCGGCCCUCGAGGUCGGGUCGUACCCGGAGGCGGCCGGCCGGGGAGAGGCCGUGAGAGGGGCGUAGCGCAGUGGGGCCCCGGGCUCCGAGGGCAGGAAAAUGGCGGCUCUCGGGUGUCCGGCGCGCACUUUCCGAGGCCUUCUACGGGAGUUGCGCUACGUGAGCGCGGCCACUGGCCGACCGUAUCGCGACACCGCGGCCUAUCGGUACCUCGUGAAGGCCUUCCGUGCGCAUCGGGUCACCGGUGAGAAGCUGUGCAGAGCCCAACAUCAGCUUCAUUUCCAAGCUGCCACCUAUCUCUGUCUCCUGCGCAGCAUCCGCGAACAUGUGGCCCUGCAUGAGGAAUUUCAUGGCAAGGGUGAGCGCUCAGUGGAGGAGUCUGCUGGCUUAGUGGGUCUCAAGUUGCCCCAGCAGCCUGGAGGGAAGGGCUGGGAGCCAUGAAACGGAGCUUCCCGGAUGCUGCCUUCAUACGAGGACUUAAAAUUC